GUGCGCCCGCCCGGGACUCCCUGCGGUUUGUGGACUGGGCUGCCGGAAGGCGGAAGUGCGGAAGCUUCCGGUCAGCGUGCUUCUGAGUGUCGUCGGUGAGUUUCCCGCUUUCCAGGUAAAAUAUGGCUAAAAGCUUACGGAGUAAGUGGAAGAGGAAGAUGCGUGCAGAAAAGAGAAAAAAGAAUGCCCCAAAGGAACUCAGCCGACUGAAAAGUAUUCUUAAAAUAGAUAGUGAUGUUUUAAUGAAAGAUGUUCAAGAGAUAGCAACUGUGGUGGUACCCAAACAUUGUGAAGAGAAAACGCAGUGUGUGGUACAAGAUGAAAAAGAUGACAUGAAAAUGGAGACUGAAAUUAAGAGAAACAAAAAGAGUCUUCUAGACCAGCAUGGACAGUACCCCAUAUGGAUGAACCAGAGACAAAGGAAAAGGCUGAAGGCAAAGCGAGAAAAAGGGAAGGGGAAAAGCAAAGCAAAAGCAGCAAAGGCGGCCAAGGGUUUGGCCUGGUAGACUCUUAAAAACUUGAAAACUCCUACAUGGGACAGGUCUUUGAUUACAAUGUAUACAUGGAUUUUAACUUCCACCAAGUGAAAACUUUGUUUCCAGAUUUAACUUGACCUUGUUCUUCAAUUCAAACCUACCUUAACUCCUCAACUUUGUUUUGGGAUCUUGAAUAAAAUAUUCUCAUUGAUAAA